AUGGCAUGGUCAUCUUACCAUUCGUUCCAAUCAUUUGUUCACCAAGUAUGGAAUAGGGAGAUUGGCCUUGAACCUAACAAAACACGCAUGGCUCAAGCUCUCUCUUCUUGGAACAAAGACGUUUUUGGCAAUAUCUUUCAAAGGAAGAAAAGAGUUAUGGCUCGGCUGUGUGGUGUUCAAUACAGACUGGCUGAAUACUGUAGAUCGGACUUGCUCAAACUGGACUGCAAGCUGCGUAAGGAAAUGGAGGAAAUACUCUACCAGGAAGAGCUCCUUUGGUUCCAAAGAUCUAGGGAGGAAUGGAUCGUCUCCAGAGACCGCAACACGCAUUUUUAUCAUGUGGCUACUUCAGUAAAAAACAACUCCCUAAAGGUGAAGCUGAAAGAUGAUUUAGGAAAUUGGAUUACAGACGUAACUGCUAUACAAGACCAUAUACGCUACUACUUUGUGGAGUUCUUCAAGGCGAACCCGACGCUCACUACUGUUCUACCUCGCGGUUGCUUUCCUCCUAUACACAAUGAUGUCGACGUGAAGUUAAUAAGCCGUUCUCCCAAGAGGAAAUUAAGCAGGUUUUUUUUUGACAUGGCUCCUUGCAAAGCUCCCGGCCCCGAUGGCUUCAAUGCCGGUUUCUAUCAGCAAGCGUGGCAGACAGUAGGGGACUCGAUUAUUGCCUUUGCCUGA